AUGGAUUGGUGGUAUUUCUUUCUUAGUGUCUAUUUCGUUACUGCUGCUGCAGAUAUUGGUCGUGUGCAUACGUUUAACAUUCAACAAGACGAACGUGUUCGACUCGAAUGCAUCGUCACAUCGAAACAGGAUGCUGAAGAAGCUAUGUGGAUGCGCAUUCGACCUCCGCAUAAUCCAGAUAUUUUAACUUAUCGAGACAGUGUUGUUUACACGCCGGAUCGUAUCGAAUUAGAGCAACGUCGACUUAGUUCAAUUGAUGAUGAAGGCCGAUAUAUUUGUUCGAAACGACGAGCAAUCUUUGCAGAAUAUGAUCUGUUUAUAAUAAUUCCGCCGCAGUUUAUUGAUGAUGAUAAUUUUAGUCAACAGCGGGCCAUUAUCGAAGGGUCAACUCUUCACCUGUCUUGUUCGGCUUACGGUCGACCACAGCCUUCAAUAACUUGGUUCUAUCGAGCACAGGAUGAUAAACGUAUCAUUCUAGGUGAUGGCGUAGGUUGUUUGGAUAGAAUGUGUGAACUCCAUUUACCAAAUUAUACUAGAGAUAAUCCUGACACAGUCGAAUGUGUUGCUGAUAAUCAAAAGUCAUCGCGAAUAUCCAAAGUGUUCACCAUUGAUGUGAUUUAUCCACCGAAAAUCACAACAUUUGUUCGAACGAUAGGUGGCCCGAAAAGCACAGAUGUUUUCCUCGAAUGUUUAUCCCUGGCAAAUCCACCACCAGUGAUUACUUGGCUUGACAAUGAUCGACGUGAGAUACAUUCAAACCAUCUAUAUACAGUUAGACAGGUGAAUCAAUCGUCGGUGUUAUCUUUUUCAACACUGGAGAUCGAUCCAUCACAAGUGAUUUACCACUGUCGAAGUCAUAACUCACUAGGUUCAAUGGAAAAAUUCAUCAAUAUAUCUUAUUUGAUUGAAAGUACUUCUGAAUCGACACCGACACAGGUGUCAACAACCUCUACAACAAUGAAAUCAACUCGUGCACGUCCGCGCACGAUAACAACAGCAACAGUAGCAACGACAACCACACUAGCCGUUGUGUCGGUUACCAACAUCCCGUCAAGUAGUUGUGUCUCUUGUUAUUCGACAAGGUUUUUUUUGGUUUUUAUUCUUUGUAAUUUUUUCAAAAAUACAAUAUAUUGCACUGUUUAG